AUGUCAGCUACGACUAUAGGUUAUCAGACGGCGCAGUAUUUCACAGUCGGAGCGAUGGCAGCAGUGGUCUUUGACUACUGCUUGACGAUUCCACAAGAGGUUCAGCUGAUCUGGGGAAGGAAGUGGGACGUCAUUAGAGUUGUAUUCACCCUCACUCGUUAUGUUACCUUCAUGGGUACUGCCAUGACCACGUACGCUGCGGUAACUGACCGGUCUCAUUACACAAGCUGUGCGAAUUUCAAUGCUGUCUCAUACAGUUCACAUCUGAUAAGCAUCGUCGCUGCAGAAGGCCUGCUUAUUUUUCGCACAUAUGCCUUUUGGCAUCAGAACAAGAAAUUGCUGGUAUUCCUUCUCGUCCUUGCUGCGUUUUCCAUUGUAGGGGCUAUUGGGCUGACAGAAGUUGUGAACAUACUCCAUCUCGCUGACCCUAUAGGGGACGACCAGACAGGCUGCAUGUUUGGAAGUGGAAGGGGUAGUGCUGUAGAGUAUGGUUUUUUGAUCCUUUAUGAGCUAGUGCUCAUGAUCCUUACGAUAUAUAAGAGAUUCGACUACUACAAAGGUGUUCGAAGUCGCCUCGUCACCACCCUUUAUCGCGAUGGGAUAAUAUACAUGACCUGCAUCACAAUGGCAUCCUUUGCAAAUAUUGUUAUCGCCUUGGUUAUUCCUGGCACAUACACUAACAUCCUGGAUGCACCACAACUCGUGAUCCACGGAGUGCUAGCUUCCCGUAUCUUGUUCAAUCUCCGGCAAAGCCUCGAGUCUGAUUCUAUGGCCAUUGACGGAAUGCUCUCACUAGCGGACACGCGUCGCACCCCUGGAAGCCAUAGUAUCGUAUUUGUCAAUCCAAAUUCAGGGACCGUAGAAGGAUAG